CAGCUCCGCACGUCAACCACAAUAAUGGCCCAGACAACAUUGGACGAUUGGGCGAAGGAUCCCGUGGAUCCUGAGAUUCGCGCUCAUGUCUACAGUCUCAUCACUGCCCUUGGCGGCAUUGGCGACGACGGAACAUAUUCGCUGGGUGAUGACGCCGUUCUAUGUCUGAAAGACCUGCGGAAAUGGCUCAAGUUCGCCGACGGACAGCUGAACCGACGCGAUGUUGCACGAUGUAUGGCCGAGGCGAACCUGGUCAAGGGAGAUCUGCUGGAGAUACUGGCCAAGGUAUCGCCCAGGGUGGUAGACGACAAAUGGAGGCAUAAGAUCGCGGUUGCAGCAUUGGAACUCCUUGUGCCCUUGACUUGGCCGUUCGAGAUCGACCCCGUUGAAGCGACCGUAAACCAUCACCGUCAUGGUCCAUACAUACAACUCGCCCAGAUUGGUUACAAGCGCGCGAUCUUGCAAUUCGACAGGGACAGGAUUCUCCAGACCGCCGUCAAGAUCGCUCUGCCUUCCAUGGCGGUACCGCUCCGCGAGAGGACAGCGCGCGAUGAGGGAAUAAUACGUAUAGCCCUAUACUUUAUACGCAACAUUGCCAUGCUCUCUCCGCCGAAUAGUGCACCCAUGGAUAUCGACGAGGCCGAAGUCUCCCGAUCUACAACAAUUGAUACCUUCCAAGAGCAAGAUAUAUUCCAGGUAAUAUUGAGCGUUGCAUCGAGCAUAGGAGAAGACUUUGUCACGCAGGACGUAAUUAUUCUGGAGAUUCUCUUCUUUCUCCUGAAGGGUAUCGAUGCUGAGAAAUUAUUCAUGGAAGAUAAAACACUCAGCAGCAAGAACGCCAAUGAGCUCAAAGAUUUGAUGCAGAAAGAAAAGGCCAUGCUUGCAGGCUACGCCCGCAACGCUCCUACACGUCAUAAUCGAUUCGGCACGAUGAUAUGGGUAAAACGAGACGACGAGAAGGUGACAACCAUCUCCGGUCAAGAUGUGCUGGGCAAAGCGCAGGCGAGCAUGCGGAAGAUGGACGAGACGAAGAAGUGGAACAAGCCGAGGCGGCCUGGGCGCAAACAGGAUGGCGAGCAAGAAAGGGAGGAGUUUGACCUGCCGAUGCCGUUGACCUCUUCAGCGCGAAAGCACAUCAAAGCAUUCGUUGAAGAAUUCCUCGACUCGUCGUUCAACCCUCUGUUCUUGCAUCUGCGGAAAGCUAUUGAGCGCGAAACUGAGCGCGUAGAGGUGCGCCAUUCCCGACAAUUCUUCUACCUUGUGUCAUGGUUUCUUCGAGCGGAGUGCGCACGACGACGGACGAUGAAGGAACGAGCUGCCGACCCAAAAAGCGCGGAAGUUCUCACCGCUGAGGAUGAAAGCUAUGGCCUUGUCGCAGAAGUUAUGAACCAAGAAACUUUCAUUCUUCUCAAUCGAUUCAUGCAGAAGAGUCAGGACGAGAAAGCAUGGCAAGACUUGAACGCAGGGAUGAAAUGUUUCACGCAAACCCUGCUUACUGUGCACGAAAUGUCUGAAUCGGCAUUGGAAGAUGAUCAGGAGAUUGCAGAGAAUAUCCAAAACCGUAUAUUUUACGAGGAGUCUACCCACGACCGUAUUGUGAUGAUACUGAGGUCCUACAAGGACCAAGGAUUUGGCUACUUGGAUGCGGUUACGGAGCUUUCACACGUCUUCUUGCGGAUGUUGGAGCGAUAUGCAAAACAGAACGUCGAUUUGCAAAUCCGAUCUAAACGUCGAGCUCGUAAAGUGAAGAAGAAGCAAGCUCAAGCACAAGGAGUUGAGGGCGAAGAAGAGGGCCAUGUUUCAGAAACGGAAGAUUUACAACAGGCACAGAGAACCGUGUCAGAACGUAAAUUCGAUUUUACCCGAUUCGCGGCAAAGUUUGUAAACCAAAGCAGUGUCAACACAUUCGUGGCUUUUGCUAGAUACUUUCACGAACUUGACACCGAGCAACUGAAGCGUACACAUCGCUUUUUCCAUCGCGUCGCUUUCAAGAUGGAGCUUGGUGUCCUGCUAUGCCGAGUCGACAUCAUUCAGUUGUUCAAUACGAUGAUGAAAGGACCGGGAGGCUUGGAUCCCGAGUCCCCUGCUUACAAAGAGUGGGAUGAGCUGGUCAAAUACUUCUUCAGACAAGUUACGAAGCGAGUACAAGAGAGACCCGAGCUAGUGGUCGAGAUGCUGUUUAGCAAAAUCCCGGCGACUAUCUUCUUCCUUGAUCAUGGCUACGAUCGAGAAUUGCCUUCUCGAGCACCGCGUGCGCCAGCAGAACUUGAAGUGAAGCCAGGCAUGGAGAUGCCCGAGCAAAUUGGUGUCGCUGUUGGUGUCCUUGUCAAUCAGCAGAAGUCAGAUGCCCUUCGAUGGGUACGAGAGGUACUCAUAUCAGCAGCGGAAGAGCGCAAAGCAUGGGAAGACGCAGACGAAGCACACAAAAUGCUGGCAGCAGCUGAAAGGCCUGAGGGUGAACAAGUACCUGAGGAAUCUGAGACCGAGACUUCAAAAGCUCCUUCCAUUCUUAUUAAACAUGACAACGAAGAACGUAGAGUAGCGAUGUUCAAAGAUAACAAGUUGCGUCUACUCAUGUCUCUUGUUGGGUUCUCAAGGCUUGGGGAUCACCAUGAUCCAUACGCAACGUGGCUGGUUCCUUCGUCCCUCACAUCAACGCAACUGCAAGAAGCCAUCGAUCUCAUCCGCAAGUACGAGUUUGACCCACCUACAUACGAAGAUGGCAAGGGCCCGGAAGAUCUCCUUCGUAGUAAAGCAGCCGCAGCGCGACGAUCAACCCGUCGUGUGGACUACGAUGACGAUUCAGAUGGCAAAGAUGAUGAUCCGCAAGAAGACCCAGGGGAGUAUGCACCAGAUGGUCCUGCCAAGAGAACGGCGGAUGGCACCAAAAAGAAGCUUACACGACGCAAGCGGGCAAGGACACCUGUCGAGCUCGAUGACGAGGAGAAGGACCGGAGAGCGGAUGCUCGCCACAGAAAGGAACUCGAAAAGCAGGCCGAAGUCAAGAAGAGUACAAUGUUUGUCCACGACUCAGAUGACGAGGAUUGGGAUGCGGAAAAGGACGCAAAGUUCUUCGCUCGAGAACAAGCACUACGACAGGAUACUUUGGCUGCCUUCAAGACUCAACUCACACUUGGCAGCACGGAACCAGCGCCAUCGAAGAAGCGAAAGGCGGACGAACCCACAAAGAGAAGCAAGAGACGGAAAUCACCUCCAAAGAAAAGAACUGGGCCAUUUGAUGACAGCGACGAUGCUGACGAGAACAUGGUUGACGCUGCGAGUACAAGCAGUAGAGCUCAUUCUGUAGAUGUGACAGACGCUGUUGAAGAUGAGAGUGAUGACGAGACUGCUAACACUCCGCUGUCUUCACAGCAUAUCGCUGCAGCACAUACUAGUGACGAAGAAGACACGCCACGGAGACCGACAAACAAUGCCGCAAAAAGCAGAGAUGUUGCAAUGGCGGAAGCAAGCGAAGACGAUGAAGACGAGGAUGUGCCUGUUGUUGCUCGGAGACCCGCAGCCAGAAACAUGCGAGCAGGGUUUGUCAUUGAUAGUGACUCGGAGUGAGCUGGAACUUUGGAUAUGACAUGGUAAUGGGUUAUGGCUGCAUUGUAUGGUGUUGUAGGUCUACAUCUCCUACCUUGAAUACCCUCCACCUUGGUGGUUUCGUUCUG